AGUACACUCGCUUGCCGAUACCACCGAGGUAUUUUUUUCGUUUUCGCCGCAAAGCUCUUCAACGCGGUGUAGACAAAUAAAAACGUUUUAACAUUACCCGACUGUGUAAAAGCAAGAGGUGAAAAGGAGGAAUCAACAGGCUUGCGUGGUGCUUUGUUGCUUCGAUACUUUUCUUUCUAGAUGCAGUGGAUUCCUGGUUUUCGCGUUUUGCUGUCGUGACGCGUAGAAAGCACUUGUACUAUAUAUAUAUAUAUUUUUUUUUUGCUUUCUUGCGUGUGUUCUUUCUUCCUCCAGAAUCAGCGGCAAAUGGACGGCGGCAACGGCAACGGCGAUCGGCCGUCACCGCGGCGCCGCAUCAUCCGCCGCUCCACCGCCGCCCGUCGGCAAGUCGAUGACGACGGCGUCAACGGAGCUCCCGCUGCUGCUGCCCCGGGCAACGGCAUCGCACCGUCGCUGCGGCCGUCCGCCGUGCCCCGAGCCCCUGCGCCGCGCAUCGCCGGACCAUCUGCCGCCAGCAGCGCUGCGGGCGGCGGCAUCGUGACACCGCCGAGCACGGCAGGCUCCACGCCCGUCCCACGCAGCCCCGCACCGGCCCCGGUUCUCGGUGUUGCGGGUGCCGCUGCUGCUGCUGGUGAUUCGCCGCCUGCUCCCCCUGUCAACGAGGCAGCCCUCGUCCCCCUCUCCUCCGCAGCCGCCGCGGCGAUGGAGUCGGCCAUGGCGAACCGACGCAGCCUGGUGGACCGCACCCUCUUCAACGCAAUGACCUUCUCCCCCCCGCUCUUCGUGAACAACGUCUCGCAGCGGCUGCUAUACCCUACGCUGCAGAAAUACCGCGCCGAACAGAAGAAGGUGAUGGCGUCUUCCGGUCCGGGAGGCGGCGGCGGUGACGGCAGCGCUGGUGGCGGUGGUGGCGGUGGUGGUCUACGUGCGGACAGCGAAGCAGCGCGGCUCCUCGGCAGUGACGGCACCUCCCUCUUCGGCAGCAGUCACAUGCCGAUGAGUAUGCGUACGCGCGCAAGGGGUGGUGGGGGUGACCCUGACGGCAAAGGCGGCGCGACCAUCGAUUACCGCGCCCUGGCUGGCCAGCUGUCGUCGACCCUGGAAGAGGCCACCGAAGACGUGCGUCGACUGCUGGAAGAGGAGGAGUUGACGCUGCACCGUGAGGAGGUGCGCUGCAAGCGGGUGGAGAUACAAGAAAAGCGGCGCCUCGCCACCGUUCGACUGGGCCUCGAGGGCACAUCCGCUCGGCUGCAGAUCUACGAAAACCGUGUCAGCAACGCGCAGGCCGCCACGGCCGGCAUCGAGCAGCACUUAGCGCAGUCCAACGCACGCGUGCAACGUGGUAAGGCCGUCUCACAGCUGCUGCGCUACUUCAAGAUGAUGACUACGCUUUCAGCCGGGGAGCUGCGCGUGCUCUUGGACUCCAUCUCCGCAACGCGAAAGCUGCAGCGAGCGGCUGUGACGACGCGCUGGGCAUCCGGCCGCGUCUCCGCCUUUCGCCCGCGCUUUUACACGACGGCGGUGAACAUCGCAGCGGUCGCGGCCUCGUCCAAUACGUCCUCAGCCGUGAGCGGUGGCCGUCAGCGUCGGCGCAACUACCCGCCGAGUCAGCCGGAGUCCGCGUCAUCGCGGCUGGCGGGUGCGGGCACAGGCGCCGCCGCAACAGCGGACGAAGAUGCCGCCAACAAAGCCGUCGGUACACGGCAGGUUGGCGGGGAGGGGACGGCGGCGGCAGCAGCAACAGGGCCGUCGCGACCGCGGGUGUUCCGCCGUGGUGGUCGCCGUGCCGCGGCCAGCCGUGAGGCCUCACUCAUGUCCGGCCAGCAGCGGCGCUCUCGCCACCCUUCUCUGGAGUCGGCAGACGGCGGUGAUGCGGAGGUCGGGCACCGCGCAGCCGAGACCACACCAGAGGCGACAGCACUGAUGACGGACGGCGUUGGUGGCCCGGCGGAGGACGAGGAAGACGAGGAAGACGCGGAGGAGAACAACGAGGACGUCGACGGCGACGCGAUCGUGGACUUGUCACAGGUCCGCAUGCAACGUUCGGAGGCCGCCGCUGUCGCUGCAGGGCUGGACCGGCUCUUUGCCCUGCGCUACAGCACGGAGGCGCAGGUGGAGUGGUGUCAGCGGCUGACCCUCCUCGCGAAUGAGCUGGGCGAUCUCGCCAAGAACAGCAAGAACGUCCGCCUCUACGUCGACUGGCUUCGCAAGGAGCUCGUGUCGGAUCUGUUUCACGUCGUGACGUGCUUCAAUGAGUUCUACGACCAGCGGAAGGCGACCGCGGUGCAUCAGGCGUACGGCCGUGCGCUGCUCAAGACCCUCGGCCGCAUCUCAUCUCUCUACAACACCUUGACCUCGUCGAACGAUGAGCUGCUGACGACGUUUUUCAAGCGCUCCAUCAACGAACUCGGCCUGGCGCUCUUCUCGGAAAUGAGCCCGAAGCCGCUCCCCAGCCUCCCGCUGCUGACGCAGGCCACCGACAUGCGUGCUAUGGACUUCUACAAGCAUAACACGGACAAGGAGCUGCAGAAGACGUUCAACUUUCUCACGGACCGGAUCAAGCGGGAUGUCAUUAUCGUGGAGACCAUCUUCGGCACGACGAACACCGCGCGACAGCAGCUCCUCUCGCAGGUCACCGACGGUGUGGUGAACCGCUUUCUCAGUCAACAGAUCAAGCUGGCCAGUGUGGUGGAGGACAACAUGGUGAAGGCGGAAGCCGCGCUGACGCCGCGGACGAAGCGCCGCUGCGGGGUGCGGGUGGCGGAUGCCAUCGCCUAUCACCUCACGAUGGAGACGCGGCUCUUCUCGUUCUAUCAGCAGUACAUGAAGGAGCUCGAGAACACCUUCAGCGCGAGUGAGGUGGAGUUCUUGACCCGGUUUGUGGAUGUGAUCUUUGCCGGGCGGGCCAGCUACGGCAAGCUGCGCACCGAGCUGAAUCUGCUGAAUCGCUACUUUGUGCUGAUAGAAGAGAAGUACACACGCAAUCUGCACCCAAUCCCAGACGAGUUCUUUGACCUGCGCGAGGCGCACAUGGCGAAGAUGAAGGACGUCAUGGACCGACUCGCGGAGGUGACGACCCGCGUGAAGACGUACGCGCUUCCCACGGAGGUCGGCGCCUACGUGUACGAGCUGAUCAAAGCCACGUUGGUGUACGUGGGCAGCUACCUCGACACGGAGCUGCGCAAGGUGCUCGACUCCCUCCGCGGUGACCGCGACAACUGGCGGGUAAAGCCGAAGAGCGAGGAUGAUCUCCUCCGGCCCCCCAAGCCGGAGUCGCAGGAGUGCGCCCUGCGCAUGCUGCUCUUCGCCCAGUCAUCCCUCAUGAGUCUCAACGACAGCAUCAACGUGAUUUGUGUGCCGCUGUUGCGGCAGCACCCGCGGCUUAUGCAGAACGUCGAGGACGCGCGCGUGAGCGCGUUGGAGAGUCUCGACGAGCGAUCGGAGCGGGUGCUGAACAUGUGUGUGCAGGCGAUCCUCCUCCGCUCACUCUCCAUCCUCCAGCACUACCAACUGAAGAACGACUACCUGCCCAAGCUGGACGCGAAGAACGCCGAGGCCGACGCUGUCGCACCACCGUGCACGCGCGCCUGCACCCUCUUUUGCUACUACGUCACCCGUCAGCUCGACAUGGCGAAGGAGUUUAUUCGGCUCUCCAACGGGCAGCUCGCGCAGCGGCAGACGGCCUCGCAGCUGGCAACGGACGGCGCCAUCGGAGCCGCCGUGCAGCAACACCAGCAGCAGCAGAACCUGGCGGCGCGCGCGGCGGCGACGGAGGCGGUCGGUCGCUACGGCGGUGCAGCCGGCGCAGCGGCUGGCCGGCCAGUCGGUGGUCCGGCCUUCAACAGCGCCCCCGCCGCGGCGCUAUCCGGCGUCAGCGCAGUGCGGGCGCGGGCUCGGACAAUGAACCUGCAGCAGCUCCUCUACGGCGACGGAGGGCCCUCGUCGUUCGUGCGCACCUUGGGCGUGUGUCUCUACCGCGGCAUCGCUGCGCACCUGAAGAGCUUCACCGCGAACGAUCGCGGUGCGUUGGUGUAUAAGCAGGACGUCACCGCGUAUAAGGAGGCGAUGGGACCGCUGACGAACACACCCGGUCUGGGCGGGGCCGUCGUCGAGGUGCUGUUCCAGAUGCUGAAGGAGACGAGCAGCUUGCUGAUCAUGCCGCUGGACCACAUCAAGGAAGUGAAGGAAUCUGGGACGCUGCGGCUGAUGUCGGCGGAAGAAAAGCUGCGGUACCUGCGCAUCCGCCAAGAUGUGCGCGCCGCCAUGAAAGUGAUAUCACAGUAA